AAGCAGUUCUUGACGUCGGUAUCGGCGGGCGGGGGUGACGUGGACCGGAGGCGUGAUUGCAUCUCUCUGUCGGAGAUAAUACAGGAGCGCUUGACCGAGAUCAACGCUGACAGCUUCACUUGGACGAAGACUGCGGCAGGAUCUGCAUUUGAGGACCUUGGUCAAAGUCAGAGCGGGUCAUCCACUGAUCGCCCUGUCGUGACGCAGUGGUUCGAGCGUGCGAUUUCUUUGGGCUUCCGCUAUUUGCUUGCUUUGGACCAGCACAAAGUAGCGGACAGAAACGUUUCUCAGACGCGUGACAUUGUGAGAGCGGCUCUGGCUGAGCGUACCAUUGUGGUGGUUUGCUCGUUCAUUCCUGACUCUUCAUUUUUGUCGCACGGCCGAAGCGCGCAAGCUCUCUGGGAUCCCAUUAUUGCUGACAUUGCCGAGUAUCCGCGUCCGCUGCCAAUCAUUGUGACCUCCAAACCUCUUCAUCGCUGGGGUAAGGCAUCUUGCUUGCGUCACUUGAGAAAUCAGCUUUGGCACCAGCAGCAGGCGUCUUUUGACAGCUGGGUGCACGUGGACGACCGCUUGGAUAUUGUUCGUGAGAUCGACGCCGAGCGCGGCUUGCGUGGAGUCCACUGGGACAUACGGGAUCGCAGAACGCUGCUGGAGCUCUGCCGAGCAGAGGGAGUGCUCUGA